AUGUCGCUGAUUGUUCAGCUUUUAUUUAUUCCGUCUUCUCUUGUUCUUCUCUUCAUGAAUCCAUGCUCAGCUCAGCAUUGCUAUUCAUGUUCGGGAACCUGCCACAGUGAGCCGUGCAACUGCCAGAUGGGAUCCUGUCCAUCCAAUCAGUGCUUUAUUGAGAAGAAACCGACGGAAGAGCGAGGCGUUUUUCGGAUAACGAAAGGUUGUCUUCGAAGAUCUCCUCGAACUCUGCCCGGAUGUGAAUAUGAUCAUUUUUCGGAUCAUGUGCUUUGCGUUUGCCACGGACCGUUUUGUAACGACCACAUCUACAUUAGAGCGAUGGUCCGACGUAAUGUGACGUGCCGAAAAUGCUCCGAGCGAGAUCCUGAAUGUGAUGACAAGUGCCAAGGACAAUGGUGCCAUGAAGACAGCACUACUGGUGCCUCCGGAUGCGGUUUUGGUCCACCAUCACUACCGUUCUUCUACAAAGGACCAGAGUUACUAUAUUAUAGGAACAAACUAUGUGUUACCAUAUCAAGAGGUGCUGGAAAGCCGCACAAGCACUGCAUUUGUAACACAAACAUGUGCAACGGGUUAGUGAAACCACUAGGACGGUAUCCUGUGUCAAUGACAAGAGAUGGAGCUUUGCGAUCAAGAUCCUUAGCUCUCAGCGCCACCGAUCCCUCAAUACCUCUUCGGACAUGUGUAAAUUGCGAAUUGAAUUCACACGAUGGAACGUCUGUCACCUCAUCGUGCAAACAAAACAGGUGCAGAGGUCACUUUUGCACUUAUGCUUCUCAGCGACAUUUAAGCCAUGGGAUGGGAAGAACAGCGACUGUGCAAAUCGUCACCGAAAAGCAGGGAUGCAUUAAUGUAUCCGAUAGUUCACAAGUGCAGAUCGGCUGUUCCCGUAAAUGGAUGCACAACGAAUACGAGGAAGUGUUAUGUGCCUGCGAAUCGGACAACUGCAACAGGGAUGACAUAACCGCGGCAGGAUACGCGCGUACACUCAUUAACAUAUUUGUUGCUACAGUAUUCUACAAUUUCUGUCCAGAUAUCGUGAAGUAA